GUUGUUUAACGGGACAUCACCCACCACACCCUGACUUUAGUCGUUUAGCUAGCUACGAAACCUUUUCCCCACCAGAUCUGACGUUUUUAUACACGGAUUUCUUCAGAAAACAAUACUGAAUAUUGACUUUGCCAUGGCCUGUAGUCCACCCCCUAAUUUCUCCUGGGUCGAACCUAAAAAGUUGGCAGGACUGGCUCUCCCUCGAAUGACUGCCCACUACCAAUACCUUCUGGACAAUGGCAUUCAACACCUGGUCUGCUUGUGUGAGAAAAAACCUCCCAACUAUGAUACCGUCCCAGGAGUGAAACUACACCACAUCAAGAUAAUAGACUUCACCCCACCAACUCCAGAACAAAUUCAGAGGUUUCUGUCUAUUGUGGAGGAAUCGAAUGCUAAAGGCGAGGGUGUAGCUGUUCACUGUAUGCAUGGCCAUGGGAGGACGGGGACCAUGUUGGCCUGCUAUCUGGUGAAGACCAGGCAGAUCUCAGGCAUCGACGCCAUCAGUGAGGUCAGGAGACUACGUCACGGCUCUAUUGAGACACACGACCAGGAGAAAGCAGUGGUGCAGUUUUACCAGCGCAUUAAAUAACUGUUUUUUGUUUAAAUAUUUUACAUUUAAAUCAUUUUAAAGGGGAAAUCAACUUGUAUACCUGCACUGUACACAUCUAUACCUAUUGAAGUGGCCAAAUUUAAAAUGGGGGACACAUUUUUAUAUAUUGUAGCUGCAUUUCUUCUUUAAAGCUGCUACUCAGGUUUGGAACUACAUGGAUUUUUUUUAGGAGUGCCUGUUUUUAACUCUGGGAAGGUGUCCUGAAUUGUAUGGGGAGUAUACGGUACAUCUAUAAUGUGUACCAUGACCGCUGUGCCUCUGCAUUGCUCACUCUCUGGGGUUUUAGGCUGGGUAUCUAUAAUGUGUACCAUGACCGCUGUGCCUCUGCAUUGCUCACUCUCUGGGGUUUUAGGCUGGGUAUCUAUAAUGCACUUUGUGACAACUGCUGAUGUAAAAUGGGCUUUAUAAAACACAUUUGAUUGCUGUUGUAAAUUUGCCAAAAAUAACCAUUAAUUUAUUACAAAAAAAUCCAUUAAUAAUGUACCUAAGUUUUGAUUUGAGUUCAAUUAAACAACAGACUCAUGCAAUAAGC